ACAAUAUUUUAUGAAAAAUGAAGCGGACAACCUGUUACUUAUUACUAUUCUGCAGCAUAAUUUUAUUAUGUUCUACUCUGGAUCAAACGAAUGCCAGACGAUACAAACCUAUGCAUAAACCUCUUUCAGAGGAACUAAUUCAUUAUGUCAAUAAUGAGGCUAAUACAACUUGGAAAGCUGCUAAAACUGCAAGAUUCAAAACAGUAUCUGAUAUUCGUAGGGUAUUAGGUGCACUUCCAGAUCCAAAUGGUGGACAACUGGAAACUUUAUGUACUGGUUAUACAUCAACUGAAUUACCUUACAGUUUUGACGCGAGGGAAAAAUGGCCGUAUUGUCCUUCUAUCUCUGAAAUUCGUGAUCAAUCAUCUUGUGGUUCUUGUUGGAAUAUUGUAAAUGUAAAUGGGUUAGUGAAAAAGAUAUGCUUUCGUGGUUGA